AUGAUGGACAAAAGAACAUAUGUUUGCCUUGUAGUCUCCAUCAUACUGAAGACAGUUUCACUUCAGACUACAAACUACAUCCCAGCAAUGAAUACCACAUCUAGGACUGAAGGGCUGACCGUUUCCAGUACAGAAGCAGGCAACAUCACUAUAUUGCAGAAUGGAAGUGCCAGCUUGAGUACAUUUGCAACAACAGUGAAUAUUACCAACUUUCCUACGCUUCUACAAAGCACCCAUUCUCCUCAUACAGAAACAUCAGCUAUGACUGCUGAAGCCAAAACUGAGAUGACAUUUCCAACAGAGUCAUUCUCUACUAAUUCUACACAUCAAGCCACAGUUGAAGAUUUCAAUGUCACAACUUCAGCUACCACAUUAAAACCGACAGUCCAGCCUUCUAGUACUGCACCACCUAUCACCAGCAAGGGCUACCUUUCAGUUUCAGCAAUUCACUUUCCAGGUAGGUCUGAUGGACAAAAUAUAAAGUUACAGGCAAACACAUGUAAACUGAGACCUGAUGCUGUGAUGUUGUUUUAUAGUGAAAAGCUAUGUUAAGAGUAGAGAAGUGGCAGGAGGAGGAGUGCUUCCUGUUUAUCUGCUCCAAAUCACCCUUCCCACACCUAGCUUUUCCCCUAUUGCUUCCAAAUAGCAUGUUUGUUCUUAGGAAAAGGUAUCCCAUCAGACUACAAGGACAUAUUGGAACAAUGUUUACCUUCCUUUGUAUGCACAUUAGAAGAGUCACUCUUAAAUUGUUUGAUAUUGAAAAUGACACAUGAUGAAAGCAUCUGUAGCAAUAACUAGACUAUUUUAGUAGUGACCCCCAAGACCCUAAAUAUACGUAUCUAGAAGUCCCAUUAUCCUUGAUUGGACAAAUGUCUGAAUAAACAUCCACACUGAUUUGCAGUCAGCAGCACACUAAGCUAUUCCAAACUAAUUAUUAUUAUUAUUAUUAUUAUUAUUAUUAUUAUUAUUAUUUAUUUACUUAUAUCCCGUCCAUCUGGCUGAGUUUCCCCAGCCACUCUGGGCAGCUCCCAAUCGAGUAUUAAAAACAAUACAGUAUUAAAUAUUAAAAACUUCCAUAAACAGGGCUGCCUUCAGGUGUCUUUUAAAAAUAGGAUACUGUAGUUGCUUAUUUCCUUGACAUCUGACGGUAGGGCAUUCCAGAGGGCGGGCGCCACUACCUAGAAGGCCCUCUGUCUGGUUCCCUGUAACCUCUUCGCACAAUGAGGGAACCGCCAGAAGGCCCUCAGUGCUGAAUCUCAGUGUCCGAGCUGAACGAUGGGGGUGGAGACGCUCCUUCAGGUAUACAGGACCGAGGCCAUUUAGGGCUUUAAAGGUCAGAACCAACACAUUUAAUUGUGCUCAGAAAUGUACUGGGAACCAAUGCAGAUCUCUUCAAAGGUAGCCCCACGAAGUGCACAUUGCAGUAGUCCAAGCGGGAGAUAACUAGAGCAUGCACGACUCUGGCGAGACAGUCCGUGGGCAGGUAGGUCUAAGUUUUACUGAGCUUUUUCAAACUAAGUUUUAGUAGGCUUUCUGUAUUAUUUCAUUGCAGCAGAAGGAGCUGGUUUGAGCAAUUCAGAUACCAUCCUAACCAUAUUUUUUGCCACUGUUCUCACACUGACAAUUCUCGGAUUCAUUAUAUAUAUUUUCAAUAAAUAUCGAAAACGAAGAGACCAAUUUUCCCAUCAUCCACUCUAUGAUGCCUCUUUUGAAACAGGUUAGUAUAUUUUAAAUCAAAUACCAAUAUCAUGUACAAGACUAGUGAGUAAUUAUGGGAAGGGGCAAUACUCAGCUUUUUAUUUUCAUUCAUAGUAGCUGUCUUUCCUUAGUCACUUACCAACCACUACAUGCUAAGUGAUGGAAUGGCACAGCAAAUUUAAAACAGCUCCAAGAGGUACUACUGCUGUUUCUCAGUCUAGUGGUAAACUUAGCUGUUUGCUGUGUGGAGUGUAUAGUCUGAAAUGGAAGUGGAGUUUCAGCAGCAGGAAACAUUGGGUUUACCAGACAAUGUGACCGUUUCCUGGAGGGAAAGGAUACAGCCUAAAUGCAUGCAUGAGAGAAAAGGAGACAGAAAGGUAUGAGAGAGUUUUUGAGUAUCAAUGUUUAGCUUUAAAAAAUAUUUCUGGUUUUGGUUUUUUUAAUAUGUAAAGGAAUAAUGUUUAUAGCCAAGGGCCUGGGGCACAGAGUACUGGGAGCACACAUGCAAAAAACUUAUUUAUGCUCAUAUCAAAGCCCCCUGAGCCUCUUGAGGUGCUACUGCAAAAGGCAAAUGACCCUUUUGACCAGUGUAAGGGGCUGCCUCUGAAAGGAGGAACUAGAACAUCCACAUGUGCUGCUUUAAAUCCAUGCCAACAUAUUUCUAUCCUCACUGGAUAUGUUGUACAUCUGAACUGGAUACUGGCAAUUUUCUAUGAAUACUACUUAAAUUGUAUCAUUGCACAAGGAAGAUUUUAAGUCUUUAGCUUUUUGGAUUCAUCAUUUCCCACUAAUAUUUAUUUUUUAAAAACUGUUUACAGUGGACAGAUAUGCUACUCCAGAUGACACACUUGUAAUAUCAGGAGGCUUAUAUGAUGCACCAAGAAUUUCUAAUUCCAGCAUGACAGUGUAUGACGAUGAUGAGCUUCAGAUUGAUCAGUUACCAUUUAGUGCUCAACCUGGACAAUACAGACUGGAGUUUUUGCCUGGUGAAAAAGAAGUGGACUUUUCUUCAACUUAUGAGGGAACAUUUCAAAUACCACCAGGAGGCAUAUAA